CCAGUGGGGUCACGUGUUGCGCGCGAGCCGCCUCCCCGGCGGGCGCUUCCUGUCGCUACCGCUGCGGCCCAGGGCCCGCGGGAGCCCAGGGCGGUGCCGGGUGGGACAAGGCCGGGGUUUGGCUCGGAUUCACCGCGAGGUAUCUAGGCUGCCAUGAUGCCAGGGCCAAGACCUCGGAAGGGCCCUCAGGCCAGAGGCCAAGGAGUGGCUGCUGCCAAGCAGAUGGGGCUCUUUGUGGAGUUUGGCCCUGAGGACAUGCUGCUGGGCAUGGAUGAGGCUGAAGAUGAUGAGGACCUGGAAGCUGAGCUGCUGGCUCUCACAGGGGAAGCACAAACCACAGGCAAGAAGCCAGCACCCAAGGGGCAGGCCCCCCUGCCCAUGGCCCACAUCGAGAAGUUGGCGGCAGACUGUAUGCAGGAUGUGGAGGAGGAGGAGGAGGAGGAGGAAGGGCUGGAGGAAGAUGCAGAGCUGCUGACGGAGCUGCAGGAAGUCUUAGGUGUGGACCAGGAGACUGAGCCCCUGGAUGGUGAUGAGGUAGCUGACCCAGGCGGCUCUGAGGAGAACGGCCUAGAAGACACUGAACCUCCAGUGCAGACAGCCGUCCUGACAGCUUCAGCCCCAGCAGCUCAGGCCGGAGCAUCUCAGGGUCUACAUGCUUUGCUGGAGGAACGGAUUCGAAACUACCAAGAGGCUGUGGCCAGUGCCAAGGAGGCAGGCGAAGCAGCCAAAGCCAGGCGCUGUGAGCGUGGCCUGAAGACCUUGGAGUCACAGCUAGCCUCUGUGAGGAGAGGCAGAAAGAUCAGUGAGGAUGAGAUCCCACCUCCAGUGGCCUUAGGAAAGCGGCCCCUGGCCCCCAAGGAACCAGCCAACAGGAGCCCUGAGGCAGACCCUCCAGCUCCCCCCGUCUUGGAGUCAGACAACCCCUCCCAACCUGAGACCAGCCUCCUUGGCGUUUCUGCCCAGCCCGUUUCAGACUCAGACCCGGACCCGCGGGCCCUGCUGUCAUCCCGACAGAGAGAGUACAAAGUGGCUGCCCUCAGUGCCAAGCGGGCUGGAGAGCUAGACCGUGCCCGAGAGCUCAUGAGGAUUGGGAAGAGAUUUGGUGCUGUCCUGGAGGCCCUGGAGAAGGGGCAGCCUGUGGAUCUCAGUGCCAUGCCCCCGGCACCUGAGGAUCUGGAGCCCCGGCAGGCUUCUCAGGCCCCCACAGCACCCUCAGUCAUUCCCCCAGCCGUGGAGCGAGUCCAGCCAGUGAUGGCCCCUGAUGUCCCAGCAACCCCAGUGGCCCCUACAGAGUCACAGACAGUGCUGGAUGCCCUGCAGCAGAGGCUGAACAAGUACCGCGAGGCGGGCAUCCAGGCCCGGAGUGGUGGGGACGAGCGCAAGGCUCGGAUGCAUGAGCGAAUUGCCAAGCAAUAUCAAGAUGCUAUUCGAGCACACCGAGCAGGACGGAAAGUCAACUUUGCUGAGUUGCCUGUUCCUCCAGGAUUUCCCCCGAUCCCUGGCCUGGAGCCCACUAUGGGUGUUGAGGAGGACGCAGUGGCAGCGACAUUGGCAGCUGCAGAGAAACUGGCCUCCGCAGAGGAUACAGCCCCGGCUGAUGAAGACGAGGAUGAGGGUGAGCCCCCAGCACAGGCCCCAGUGGCCAAGAAACCUGCACGGCCCGCAGUCCCUUCAUCCCAGCGCCUGCCUGAGCCCAGGGCCUCAAGUUCUAAGGAGUCACCGAGUCCAUCUGUGCGGGAGCAGCUGGCACUGCUGGAGGCACGGAAACUGCAGUACCAGCGGGCAGCCCUGCAGGCCAAGCGCAGCCAGGACCUGGAGCAGGCCAAAGCCCAUCUGCGGGUGGCCAAAUGUCUUGAGGCUCAGAUCAUCCAGGCCCGAUCUGGCAGACCUGUUGAUCUGUCCAAGGACCUGCGACUCUCCCAGAAGGCAGAGGAGGUGUAUGCCCAGCUGCAAAAAAUGCUUCUGGAGCAACAAGAGAAGUGCCUGCUGUUCUCCAAGCAGUUCAUGCAUCAAGGCAAUGUGGCUGAGACCACCCGAUUUGAGAAGCUUGCUCAGGACUGUAAGAAACAGCUGGAGAUCCUGCAGCUGGCCCAGGCUCAGGGCCUCGACCCUCCCAGCCACCACUUUGAGUUGAAGACAUUCCAGACUGUGAGGAUCUUCUCAGAACUCAACAGCACAGAAAUGCAUCUGAUCAUUGUCCGGGGAAUGAACCUCCCAGCCCCUCCAGGGGUGACUCCCGAUGACCUGGAUGCUUUUGUGCGGUUUGAGUUUCACUACCCUAACUCGGACCAGGCUCAAAAAAGCAAAACAGCUGUGGUGAAGAACACAAACUCUCCAGAAUUUGAUCAACUCUUCAAACUAAACAUCAACCGAAACCACCGGGGCUUCAAGAGGGUGAUCCAGAGCAAAGGCAUCAAGUUUGAGAUCUUCCACAAAGGGUCGUUCUUCAGAAGCGACAAGCUGGUUGGCACAGCACACCUGAAACUGGAGCGGCUGGAGAAUGAGUGUGAGAUCAGAGAAAUUGUGGAGGUCCUGGAUGGAAGGAAGCCCACCGGGGGGAAGCUGGAGGUGAAGGUGAGGCUGCGGGAGCCUCUGAGUGGCCAGGAUGUGCAGAUGGUCACUGAGAACUGGCUGGUUCUGGAGCCCAGGGGCUUGUGAGGUGGGCAGUUCUCUGGGCCUUCAGAACCUUUGCCCCCUCCUUUUACUCAACUACUCAACUCGUAUCUGGAGAGAAAACCUAGGAGUUUCUCAUCUGUGAGAAAGACGAAGAGGCCAAACUGUUGGGUAGGGCUUAUGGGCUGAGUUUCUGAUGUUCCUCAGUAGAACUGGGAAGAGAAGGUAACCUUCCAAGGUUUAACUAUCUUUAGGAAACCCUUUCUAAAAUCUUUGUGUUUUCACUGCAGUUUAGACUGACUUCUUGUGCUUUGCACCCGUGUAGCCGAUGGCCAGCACCAGGAGAGGAGUCAGGCCGCGACUGCGCAGGAGUUGACUUUCCCAGCUUUGCUGGCUUCAGAAGCCUUUGUACAUAAGAGAGAUGCUGCUACCCAAGCACCAAAGACCUGUUAAGCAUGUGCGCUACUGACCACAACCCUAGUCUUUCCUGUUGUUGGCCCCUCUGGGGCCUCUACAGAAACAGGCUGGGUUCCAGGAGCCCAUCUCCCCGCUGUCCCCCCCUGCCCCCAGUCUGGAAGAGGGCAAGGACACCUUCGUUCCUCUGUACCAUGGAGUCCUGCAGCCCCUUAACCCCUGCGUGGCAACUGUGUACAGCUUACACCUGCCUCCAGUUGCACCACUUCUAUAGAUGUGCCUUUAAAAGAUGUAACUAUGGGAUGGGAGAACUUGAGGGUGAUCAGGAACCUCCCCUACUGAGGGUGAUGUCAGGGUUCCGUGACUCCAGUGGGCCAGUGGUAGCCUGUCCCAGACAACUCCGUCACCCCAGCUCUGCCUGUGCCUUUAUCCCUGACAGCUGCUGCACUAGCCUUCCUGCUUCCCUAAGGACCUAGUGGAGGGGGAAAGUUGUUUGUUUUUGGUACUACUUGGUGGGAAGUAAGGGGGAAGGUUGGAUCUUGGGUUUGGUCCACCCACCCAGGAAAAAAGACUGUUAACUGGAAGAAAAAAUAUAUAUAUAAAAUUUUAUGUA